AGCUCGUCUUUCCAGUGGAGCGGCCGUGUGUGUGCGCUCAGCUCCGAACCCUGAACCACACGUUGUCCACAGGCUCGAUCCCGACUGAAAGAUGGCCCCAAAGAAGGGAGAAGCCCCGAAGCAGGCUCCAUUAAUCGGACGGUUUGGCACCUCUUUGAAAAUUGGAAUCGUGGGAUUGCCUAACGUGGGGAAAUCCACCUUCUUCAACGUGCUCACCAAAAGUCAAGCGUCUGCAGAGAACUUCCCAUUCUGCACCAUUGACCCAAACGAGAGCAGAGUACCUGUUCCUGAUGAGCGCUACGAUUUCCUCUGCCAGUACCACAAACCCCUCAGUAAGGUCCCCGCCUUCCUGAAUGUUGUGGACAUUGCUGGUCUGGUGAAGGGAGCUCACGCUGGACAGGGACUUGGAAAUGCCUUUCUCUCCCACAUCAGUGCCUGUGACGGGAUCUUCCACAUGACCCGUGCGUUUGACGAUGAGGACAUUAUCCACGUGGAGGGCAACGUUGACCCGGUGAGGGACAUCGAGAUCAUCCACGAAGAGCUGCGACUAAAAGAUGAGGAAAUGAUUGAUCCAAUUCUCGACAAACUGGAGAAAAUGGCAAUCAGAGGAAGCGACAAAAAACUAAAACCUGAAUAUGACAUCAUGGUGAAGGUGAAGAACUGGGUGGUGGAACAGAAGAAAGCCGUCAGAUUUUACGGUGAAUGGAACGAGAAAGAGAUUGAGGUGUUGAACAAAUACCUGUUUCUGACAUCGAAGCCCAUGAUCUACCUGGUGAAUCUCUCAGAGAAGGAUUACAUCAGAAAAAAGAACAAGUGGUUGGCAAAGAUCAAGGAGUGGGUCGAUGCUAAUGACCCUGGUGCUAUGGUCAUUCCCGUGAGUGGAGCUCUGGAAUCCAAACUUCUGGACAUAGAGGAUGAGGAGGAGAAGAAGAAAUUAUGUGAGGAGCUGAAGACGCAGAGUGUCCUGACCAAAAUUAUAAAGACCGGGUAUUCAGCGCUACAGCUGGAAUACUUCUUCACAGCGGGGGUGGAUGAGGUGCGAGCAUGGACCGUCAGGAAAGGUUCCAAGGCUCCUCAGGCUGCAGGAAAGAUCCACACUGACUUUGAGAAAGGCUUCAUCAUGGCCGAGGUGAUGAAGUUCGUCGACUUCAAAGAGGAGGGCAGUGAAAAUGCAGCCAAGAGUGCUGGAAAAUACAGACAACUGGGCAGGAACUAUGUCGUGGAGGAUGGGGACAUUAUCUUUUUCAAAUUCAACACACCCAACGCCCCCAAAGACAAAAAGAAAUAAAUACGACACAAUCACCAGAGGGAGAGCUCAGAGUUCAGCACUGUUCUGUCAGGCCUGUGAGGGCUUCACUGUCCGCUGGUUGUCAUUCUUCUCUCUUGAUCAACACACGUCCUGGUCAGUCAGAAAUAUUCACUCAUCUGAACUGAAAUAAAAUCAUUAUAACUUUUUUAUUUGAAAGGAAAAAGUCUAAUGGGGAACAUCUAACAACUUUAAAUUGAGACUCAUUCAAGCCACACAACUCAAAGAUAUUUAAAAGGUUUAAUUUGUGUUUUGCUAUUUUCCCUUUUUAUCUUUAAGAAAAUGUUUGACACUUACUGCUGUGAUGACUGCUGAUGAAUUGACCAGCUUUCAGGGUGGUUAAUAAACAGUGCUGUGAAGACUUGGUAUGUUGUAUAGCUUCUGUUGCAAGUGCCUCAUCUAUAUUAAAAAACAUUUUCUUAAUUGGUUAUUACUUUAAGCAUUCAAAAGAAAGUGAACUUUUCUCACUUCCUUCUCGUCUUUACCUUGAGUUGAACUUUCGUAGUUUUAUACAAUCAACACCAAAGUCAUAAUACCUGAACUAGACAUAGUCUGUAGUCAUGUGACAGCCGGUGUGUUCACUUUAAAGAGAGAAUGAAAUCCAUCCUGGUGUUCACCUCCAGGUCGGUGCUGUGCUGUAUUCUGAGCGGGAGCGUUAUUGUUAUUUUAGAAGCAGGCAUCACAGAGGAUGUUGUUAUUCACGCUGCUUUUAUUGACUUAAGUUUGGCUUGUAAAAUAAAGAAAAGAAGAAAAAACCGACUUCACAUUUUGAACUCCACCCUGCGUAACGAGACAAUGCUUCAUUGUGAAUCUGGACGGCUGCAGGAACAUUAUCUGGAUUACGUUUUGCUUUGCCUCUCCUCACUGCCUCCACUGUGUGAAUCGCUUUAUUGACCAUCCUCUGACCAGACAUCCUGCCGAAUUGUGGACAUGGAAACUCAGCCCUGUUUGUGCUGAGGAGGAGAUGGGGACACGGGGGUGAUUAAGGAUGUUAAUUCAAAAGGAGCAAAGGUCAAAUAAAUGUCACACUCAUCAAUAUGCAUGUGUCAAUAAAAGGAAACAAACCUCUCA